AUGAAUAAUGAAAGCCAAGAAGAAUCUGAUGAUGAUAUCAACGAUAUGGAUCUGAUAGAAGUAACAAGCAAUAUUAAUAUUAAAUUUGCUGAGGAUUAUUAUGAAUCUAUUAUAUCAAACUUGAAUUUUUUAAUUAAAUAUAUUGAUCGAACUAGCUUUUAUGAAGUUUGGUGUGUUACAACUAUUGAACAAAAUAAAACUUAUUUUGUAAUAGUUUAUGGAACUGCUAAUCACUUAUGUACAUAUAUGAACCUUGUAACAAAAGGCAAUGAAGAUAGUAAUGAAUUCAGAUUUGAACACCAAAUUGAAGUAAAAUACAAUAAGGAAUUUGAGUACACAAAGAAGGCAGUUAACUUAUCACUUGAAAUUAGUUAUGAAAAUGAACUAAACAAAAUACUGCAAGAUUGGAUCAAAAAGAAAGAGAAAAUUUAUAAUAAUAUAAAUGAGUUCAAUAAGGAAAACCUACCAGAUAUUAGUAAUUCUUAUUUAAUGCAAACAAAAGAUGCUCCUAAAAAAUGUAUAAAAAGCAUGCUAGAAAAUAAGACUUCUAAAUGCUAUAAUAAAAAAACUGAUAAGCCAGUAUAUGUUAGUAAAGUUAAGUGCUGUACUACUACUAAGGAUUUAUAA